CAGAGUUAUUUCACAGUAUCGAUCAAAAUGAUAGAAAAUUUUAAUGAUCAUGUAAAACGAAAAGUAAAAAAUGAGUUUAAAUAUCUCAAAGAUUCCAUUAUAGAUCUGGAAUAUAGAAUGCGUAUGUUCCAUAAAAAGUUAGAAAAUAUUGUCAAACAAUGUCAAUAUAUAUAUUUAGAUAAUUAUGAUUAUAAUAGUAAUACCUCAAAUUCUGAAACUGAAUUAUCUGAUGAUAUAAAAAUGCAUAGAU